UUUGUUUCCCGAUUAUAUUCUGCGUGGCAUUCUAAAAACGUUCGGCUGCCUCAAUGCUAUUUUGAAAGCAGUUAUUGCUACCAUUUCAGUCGUCAAAAAGUUACAAAAAUAAAUAAUACUAGUGUAUUACCAAUCCAUUUUUGAAUAUGGCAACAUUCUAGUUCUAUUAUGAAUGUAGCAAAAAUAAUUCGCCAGAUGAAAUGCAGUUAUGCUUGCUACUUCGGGAAUAAAUUGUGGAUUUGGAUAGCGAACAGUUACCGUAACGCAUUGCAUUUUGCAAUGCAUGCUUUGUUGUGGGAAGUGUCUUAUUUUUUUUUAUUCCUCGAGCCGGGCUAUUCAAACCUGUACAUCUAAGUAAACAAUCAUUCGAACACUUAAUACAAAUAAACGGAUGACACAUUUGCAUGCAUCGAGUCUCGUUUUUAAUUGUGGGAUCUGUAAAUGUGGGAUCUGCAGAAUAUGGCGUCCCGACCUUACAAAAAUAAGACAGGCUGCCAUUUUUGUUUUCCUUUUGUCUGAAAUGUUUUAAUAAAACUGUCUGAGAAUGUGGGAGAGGCAUUGGAGCGAGGCACAAGCUAAGGGGAUUGGAGUUGCUCUGCAGUCAAAAUGCACUUUAUUGGAUGUUUUUAUGUGUUUGCAUUUUAGGUUCUAAAGGUCUUUUUUUAAUCUGGAAAUAAACGCUGAUUUACCGAUAGAAUAAAGGACAAAAUGGCUGAACCUCGUUUUAAUAAUCCCUACUUCUGGCCUCCACCCCCCACCAUGCCUGGGCAGAUGGAUAAUAUUGUGUUGAUCAACAAGAUCAAGGAACAGCUGAUGGCUGAGAAGAUCAGACCACCCCACCUGCCGCCUUCCACAGUUCCCUCCCCUCAGCAACGACUGGGGAAUCCUACACAGACAGGAGGUGGGCAGCAAGUCCAGAUGUCAGUUCAGAAACUGCAGCAGAUGCAACAAGGUCUCCAUGUCCACAGCUCGUCCCAGCCAGACAUUGCCCUGCACACCCGGACGGCCUCCAGCUCAGUCGCAGGACGUAUUCUUGGUGAUGUAAAUUUGAAUCUGGACGAUAAGACGGCUAUAAAAGCAAGAGGAUUGUGGGAAGACUGGCAUUUGCGUCAAAUCAUUGACCAACCCUCUAGAACGAAUCACCUAUCAGGUCUGGCACUUUCCUCUCGAACUGGCAACCAUAACACCUCCAUCACUCUGACCACACCCACCUCCAACAGCCAGAGCCGGCUAGGCGGAGCCCUCUCGCCUCAUCAUGUCCUCUCCAGCUUGGCCAGUGGCCCUGGGAGGGAGCAAAUCAAAAGUAACGGGGGCCUUGCUGGACUGCUGGGGCCCCCUCCCAAGAUGGAGGGGCGAGGGCGUAAGAAGAUAAAAGCAGAGAACAGUGGUGGCCCUCUGUUGGUGGUGCCUUACCCAAUCCUCGCUUCAGGCAACGACCAAUCCUGCCACACCAUCAUCCCCAAAGAGGGCAAAUGCUACAGGUGUAAAUUGUGCCCACUGACCUUCUUCUCCAAGUCAGACAUGCAGAUGCACUCCAAGUCUCACACAGAGGUCAAGCCGCACAAGUGUCCCUACUGCUCCAAAUCUUUCACCAACGCAUCCUACCUGGCCCAGCACCUCCGCAUUCACCUGGGUGUCAAACCUUAUCACUGCUCUUACUGCGAGAAAUGCUUCCGCCAGCUCUCCCACCUGCAGCAGCACACAAGAAUUCACACUGGGGAUCGGCCCUAUAAAUGUGCCCAUCCAGGUUGUGCAAAAGCCUUCACCCAGCUCUCCAAUCUGCAGUCUCACCAGAGACAGCACAACAAAGACAAGCCCUACAAGUGUCCAAACUGCUACCGUGCCUACUCGGACUCAGCCUCAUUGCAGAUUCACUUGUCUGUGCAUGCCAUCAAAAACGCCAAGGCCUACUGCUGCAGCAUGUGUGGCAGAGCCUACACCUCAGAGACCUACCUUAUGAAGCACAUGUCUAAACACACGGUGGUGGAACACCUGGUGAGCCAUCACUCUCCACAGAGGACAGGGUCUCCUAAUAUCCCCAUACGGAUCUCCCUCAUCUGAGCAAUUCACCUUGACACCCUACCCCUGACCCUCAUGGAGGAACCCCCUGUAAGGUCACCCCUCCACUUUAGCGUAAUCAAUCCUAGAUAUGGGCUUUUAUUUGUUUGUUUUCCCCUAUGCGGGUUCCAAAAAUGUGCCAGACUGUAUUUGUACCUUUUCAAAAGACGCCAGACUCUUUUUAUUUAUUUUUUGUAUUUUGUGGUUGGGGAAUGUUUGGGACAUCCAAAAAUGAUUUUACAGCACUUUCAGGCCUCAUGGUAGAGUAAAAACCUUUUUGGCCUAUGCUAAGACAAUAAAAAGCAUUGCUCCAGGCAGCUAAAAACAUUCACCCUAGGUGUUAUAAAGCAUUAAAGGACCACUUUUUUGAUAUUGUUAUUCUCCCUUUACUCUUUGCAAAAGUAUAUUUGCAUUGGAAACAUUUGUCUUCCUUUUAGUUAGUCCAAGAAGAUGAAUAGCUAAAUCAUUUAUUCAAGCAUUUUUUGUACCAAUCCUAAUGUCAAUGUUUGCAUCAUUUUGUUACUUAAAAAGAAAAUGUUCUCAAGUAAGUUAUCACAUUUAAGUAUGUCUUUUAGACAACAAUGCACACAAAAUACUUUCCAUUUGGAGGGUCAAUACCUUUGUGUUAUUGUUGUAGUUGUAUUUUUCAUCUUGUUAUUGUCCAUGGUAUUUAAAAGGAAACUGUUCAAGGCUAUCCUGAAGAGCACUAAAAUAUAUAUUUUGAAUCUGAUGCUGAUAUUUGUAGAAACUGCCAUGUUUUGGUUUGCUGAAUUGAUAAGCACUGCCAUGUAUUGAAGAAAUGAAAUGGUCCAUUAUGGAACUGACAUACAGUGCAUUCGGAAAUGAUUCAGACCCCUUCCCCUUUUCUACAUUUUGUUACGUUACAGCCUUUUCAGCCAAUACCCUAUACCCUAAUGACAAAGCGGAAAAAGGCUUUUAGAAAUUU